GUAAAAAUUAAAAUAUCUAUAGAAUAGCAUAGAAUUUUUAGCAACAAUGAUUAUACAUAUAUGCAAAGGAAUUUACUAAUGAAGUUUGUGCUGGUGCUGCGAAAUCAAAUUUAUACAUGUACAUAAAAUAUAAUAAUAAUUCCAUAAAUAUACCAACACUUAAGCAGACAUGGCUGUUUAUUUAACGAAAACAAUGAUGUCUAGAUUAAAUAAAGUUACUUAUCCAAGUACGAGUUCAAUAGAGGAUGAAUUUAAUAAUUAUAACGAUCAAUGGGAAAAACUUAUGAUGGACAGUAAAAUAGGUGUAAAAUUGUCAAAGGAAAUGAUCUGUAGAGUUUGUGCAAGAAAUGGCUGUACACCUUUGACCACUAAAAUAAAUGAUUGGGAUAUCAUGGGAGCUAUACGUAGCAUAACUAAUAUAACUAUAAACGUAGAUGACUCAUUACCGAAAUAUAUAUGCAAUGAGUGUCUUGAAUCAUUGAGGAUUGCGAUGAGAUUUAAGAAAAAUUGUGAAGUAUCAGAUAAAAAAUUUAGGAAAAUAUUAAAUCCUAUGGGUGACCCUUUAUUGCACUCAUAUCCAUAUUCAAAACAUGAUUUUCAAUUAAUAUUACAUCAGAUGAAAUUGAAAAGAAUGGAAACUGAACAAAAAGCGGAGAAGGAAAGGAGAAGAAGAGAAAGACUGAUCCAAAAGAAAGACCCUAAAACGAAGGAAUUUAAGUGCUCACCAUGCGAUAUGACAUUUCUGAAUAAGGAGAAGCUGGCGGCGCACCGGCGCGAGCGGCAGUGCGCGCGGCGCGCGUGCGACGUGUGCGGCCAGCUGGUGCGCAGCAUCGCGCAGCACAUGCGCCACAGCCACGAGCGCGGCGCGCUGCACAAGUGCCCCACGUGCGGCAAGGAGUUCCCCAUCGUGGCGCGCCUCAAGAACCACAUGUUAGUCCACACAAACACAUUCAACUUCUUCUGCGACCUGUGUCCAUACAAAUGCAAGCACAAGUACUACCUGGUGAUGCACAUGCGCACACAUACGGGCGAGAAGCCCUACAAGUGCGCCGAGUGUCCCGCUACCUUCGUCAAUCCCUCAAAUCUGAACAAACACAAGCUCACGCAUCAAGAGAAACAGUUUAAGUGCAUGCUGUGCGACAAGGCGUUCCGCACGGGCACGGCGCUGUGGGAGCACCACGACGCCAAGCACAUGAACAUCAAGCACACCUGCUCCUACUGCGGGCGGAACUUCUGCUACAAAUCAGACCUACGGAAGCACGAGAUACGUAACCACAACCGCGUGAAGCGCGAUUACAUCGGCGGGGAACCGACGUACAAGCAAGUCGAAAGACUUCAACGGAUGCAGGAAGAUAACGAAGCUAUGGAGAAAUGGCGGCAACAGCAGAUCGUGGUCACGCAACCACAGCAAGCGACCUUCAUUGAUCAGACAAAAGACUUCAUACAAACAACCCAUCCAAUGUAUGUCUCUGAUGUAACGGGGAUCAUACAACAACCUAUUGCCCAGCAGCAAACUGUUCAGCUAACUUUACCUGAGCUGACGUUGAAGAAAGAUGAGGUGAAAAUGUACGAAGCUCAACAAGGAAUGGCGUAUUUCUAAGUGACUAUUAAUCCAAGAAAGUUCCAGAAAAUUAUCAAAUGUAAUAAUCUUGUGCCAUUUUCAAAUUGUACGAAUGAAUUUUUAUAAUGUAAUUAAUUUGGUUGUUAAAUGUUUUUGUACUUAUUUUAUCUGUGUUUCUACACACACUAGUGCAAUGUUAAUUCUAAAAGGAAGUUUGGGGCGAAUAGGACAUGUCAUAAAAGUUGGAAUAAAAUUUUUAUUUCGUGUCCAAAUACCGUAGCAGUCGAUAAACAUGAGACAGACUUAUGUUUAUGUCUUUUUCCUAUUUGUUAGGGUUACAUUAAUAUAAAACGAAGAGUAUAGUGGUUCUCUUUUCACGCACAAAAUUUUUCAAUUCUGUUUUUUGAACUUGAAAUGGCGCGUUUUACUAGCAAUUAAUUUUUGAAUGUUAUUGUUUUAGAAACGAGAAACGAUACUGAUUGAAAUAUUUUAAGAAUGUUUUUUUAAAAAUCGUUGUUAUGUUCUAAUAACCUGAAAUUAGUUUUUAUUCUAUAUAUUUAUGCCAUAUAUAUGGAAAGGCCAGAAUGGAAAGAUUGGAUUUGGUCUUUGCCACCU